AUGUUCAAAGUCAACGACACCCUCUUCACCGGAGCUGUGUGUAUGAGUAUCACAGCGGUCGGAAAUACGACGAACCUUCCUCUUUCGGACCCUUUUUGCAACACGGAUGCUUGCCUAGCUUUUGCCAAGGCUCAUAAAGCGUCUCAAAAUGCUGUUUCGUACACCCACCAGUUUGAUUACGGGCACUACACUACGUGGUACUAUCUUGCUGUCCUAGGUGUAGGUAUGGCAGUGCACUUGCUUCGUCUCUACAGGAACCGAAAUCUCCGAGAUGUAAUGCUGCCUUCCAAUGCAUUUACUGCCACUGGCCACAAGGCCCUCGCUCUCGGCAGGACUGUGGCGUAUAGGUCCGCGGGAGGUGCAACUGCAGCGCGAUGGGGGAUCCCAAAGCUUGGGUUGUUGAUCUUUGGGAUAUUUACACUGUUAUUUUUCCUCCUUAUGACCUUCCUGGUACAUCCAUAUUAUCGAGAGCGUCGUGGGUAUGGAUCGCCACCACUCGCCGUGCGCGCAGGACUCAUGUCAACGGCUCUGAUACCUCUGAUUCUCGCGCUCUCGGGGAAAGUCAAUAUAGUGACAUGGUUGACUGGAAUCAGUCACGAGAAGCUCAACGUAUUCCACAGAUGGGCCUCCUACCUGUGUCUGUUGCUUGCAGUAGUUCAUACCGUGCCAUUUAUCGUCACCCCGCUUCAAACUUGUGGAGCAGAUGGCCUUCAUGCACAGUUCUACAAGCCUCGGGGGUUUGAAUAUACUGGAGUGCCUCCCCUUGGCAUGCUUGUAGGGCUUUGUGCGCUGUCUGUCCCAAUCGUUUUCAUAACGCUUUCUACCGACUCCAUGUCCCUCUCUACGUCGCUUUUCUUGGGCUCAUAUUCUGGCAUGCUGGGGCAGCACUGCUGGCUCCGGAUGCCUCAUCUGUCACUUCUCCAGAGCCAUCCUUUCACAAUUGCGAACCUUUCAACUCAGGAGCUGGGGGCGAAUGUUGACAUGAAAACGAUGGAAUUCUACAUUCGGGCAUAUAGUGGUUUAACUCGAAGCCCGCUUAAGUCUUUGGCAGAUUAUAACGACCAUUUUAUACCAAUGCAUGUCGACGGACCCUAUGGCGGACUCAGUGAAAACUUGCCUGAGCAAUAUGAGUCGCUUGUCUUUGUGUGUGGCGGAAGUGGUGUAUCGGUCUGCCUGCCCCAUAUACUGCACGCAUUCAAGGCCUACGAGCGAGGCUCUAGCUUGGUGAGCAGUAUACGUUUCGUGUGGAUGGUUCGGCAUCUGAGCCACGCAGAAUGGGUCGCAAAAACACUCAAGGAAGCUUCAAAUCUUUCUGGUCUGCUACACGUUGAUAUCUACAUCACAGGACCGGCAGAAUCUUCCAUCAAGAUUUCUGGUACAGAGAUUGAGAAGACCACCCCAACCGCUACAAAUUUGGUUCCUCAGGUCGAUGAGUUAAUUCACAGCAGCGGUCAAGAAUCAGCAAAUUCACUGGAAACAUGGACUGUCAAUCAUACACGACCCUAUCUGUAG